AUCCGUUUCGGAGCCGGGCGAAUGGUUGUUUUCCGGGGCUGCUGCUGCCUUUCUGCCCGGCCCUGGUGCUGCCCGCUGGGGACAUGAGUUUCCACAAGGAGGACGGGCUGAGCCUGUGCCAGAAGGCGCUGCAGAUCGUGUCCGAGCUCUGCCUGGGAGGGCAGGUGGAGUGGGACAAGUGCACCGGGAUCUUCCCCCGGAGCAGCCAGGGGGCAGGCAGCACAGACAUCUCGGUCAGUCUCCUGGCGGUGGUGGUCAGCUUCUGCGGCCUCGCUCUGCUGGUCGUCUCCCUCUUCGUCUUCUGGAAGCUCUGCUGGCCCUGUUGGCGGAGGAAGCCGGCCACAUGCACCAAUCACGCGGCCCCGCAGUGCGUCCCGAGCGCCCCCCCGGAAGUGGUGGAGACGAAUGAGAAAAAGGAGAUCAAGCAAAACGGGAAGCACUCGGUGAAAGUGCUGGAAGCGGCGAUGAAGAUCAGCCACACGUCGCCGGAUAUACCGGCCGAGGUCCAGAACGCCUUGAAGGAGCAUCUGAUGAAACAUGCGCGGAUCCAGAGACAGACCACCGAGCCGGCCUCUUCAUCCAGGCACAAUUCUUUCCGGAGACACCUGCCGCGGCAGAUGCAAGUGUCCAGCGUGGACUUCAGUAUGGGCGCGGACCCUCUACAGCGAGGAGAGACCACCACCAGCAUCGGCCGGAUAAAGCCGGAGCUCUACAAGCAGAAGUCGGUGGAUUCCGAGGACAACAGGAAGGAGGACGUAAAGACCUGCGGGACGUUAAACUUUACCCUGAGCUACGAUUACGAAAACGAGCUCCUGGUCGUCCGAAUCCUCAAGGCUUUGGAGCUUCCCGCCAAGGACCUGUGCGGGACGUCCGACCCUUACGUCAAGAUCUAUCUCCUGCCCGAUCGCAAGAAGAAGUUUCAGACUCGGGUCCACAGGAAGACGCUAAACCCCGUGUUCGACGAGACCUUUCAGUUCCCCGUCGCGUACGACCAGCUGAGCGGCAGGAAGCUGCACUUCAGCGUCUACGACUUUGACCGCUUCUCUAGACACGAUAUGAUCGGGGAAGUUAUCCUGGAUAAUUUGUUUGAAGUCUCGGACCUCUCCAGGGAAGCCACGGUGUGGAAAGACAUCUACUGCGCCACGUCAGAGAGCGUCGACCUCGGUGAGAUUAUGUACUCCUUGUGCUACCUGCCCACGGCGGGGAGGAUGACUCUAACCGUUAUCAAGUGUCGGAACCUCAAGGCCAUGGAUAUCACCGGCUCCUCCGACCCCUACGUGAAAGUCUCGCUGAUGUGCGAAGGUCGCAGGCUGAAGAAACGGAAAACCACCACGAAAAAGAGCACCCUGAACCCGGUGUAUAACGAGGCCAUUAUAUUCGACAUCCCCCCCGAAAACAUGGACCAAGUCAGCCUGUCCAUAGCGGUGAUGGAUUACGACAGGGUCGGACACAACGAAGUCAUCGGAGUCUGUAGAACCGGACUAGAUGCCGAAGGACUCGGCCGGGACCACUGGAACGAAAUGUUGGCUUAUCCACGAAAACCGAUUACUCACUGGCACCCACUGGUGGAGCUCCCUGGUCGCGCAACAAGCUUCGAUAGUCAAGGAUCCUGCUCUUCGCCGAAACCGCCCCCUACACCGUAA